AUGAAGGGCCUAUACCAAGCUGCUGGCUGCAUUCUUGUGACUCUGGGGAGUCUGAGUGUGUUUUCUGGAGUUAUUGCUUUCUUCCCUGUCUUUUCUUACAAGCUUUGGUUUACGGGAUGGAGUGUGUGGAUCGCUUGUCCCAUCUGGAAUGGAGCUUUGGCCAUCACAGCUGGUGUGUUUCUCCUAUUGGCUCACAAAGAGUGGACCCAGAGACACUUGUGGGAAGCUAGUUUCACCUUUGUGAUUCUGAGCCUUAUGGGAUGUCCACUGCAUUUUGCAAUAACCUUGGAAUCUGCUCUUCUCGGCCCAUACUGCUUCUAGUCCUUUUCAGGGAUUGCGGGGACCAACUACCUUGGCUAUGCAGUGGCCUUCCCCUUCCCAUAUGCAAAACUCUCCUCAGUCUGUGUGGACCCGCUCCGCUAUGAAGAGUUCCACCUGGUGUUGCAAGCCCUCGCUGGUCUAAGCUUUGCCCUGUUCUGUGUGUCCCUGACGGUGUUCGUCAAGCUUUUUGCAAGACUUAUCCAGAACGGACACAUAAAUGUAGUAUACCGAGGCUAA